UGACGAUAUCACACUUUGUAGAAUUUAAACGGUCAGGGUGUGCCCCGAAUUUCCAUGCGACCAACGGCAUCCGUCAAACGUGAACUACUGCCGCCAUCUUGAUACGAAUCUACGCUUACGACGACGCUCGCCGGUAAGUCGCGGAACUAACAGUACGAGUUGCGCGUUGAAUUCGAAUUUUUUGUACAAAAUAUUAUAUCCCUCAAAAGAUGGUUUGAAUCUUAUUACUGUCUCCGUUAUGUGAUAGUUUACAUCAAUCAACAUAAAAGUUUAUGGAAUAAUUUCGAAAAUACGAAAUUUAAUACCCCUGAAAAUGCUUAUUGAAUAUUUUAAACUAAAAAGAAUGUACGCUCUAUUUCAGACUGUAUCUAACUAUCCAAAUUAUAAUUAAAAACUGUCUUUAAAGAGUCACUAAGGACAACACAGUCUAAAUGAUAAUACUUUUUUCAUUAAAGAUAAAGUUAUAAUAUUAACGUUGUCACUUUUUUUUCAAUGUUUCAUCGUACACAUCGAAUAGGUUACGACAUUGAUUUGAUCUUCACAAUUCUUUCUGAAAUUUUAUUGUGCGUAUAAUGUCAUUUAAUCAAUAAAAUCAUAUUAAAACAAAGACGAAAACCACAUGUAGAAGUUUUAAGUGAUUGUAAAAUAUAAGAAUUCUGUGUUCCAAGACAUUAUAUAAUGUGAAAUAAGGUUAAGUGCACACUAUCUGCGAUAUGGGAACUGUAAAUGAACGGGGUUCGCGAAUAAUUCGCGACGUCCCUGGCUUCGAUCGAAUCAACGUUUUCGCCAGUGGUAGUAGCAGUUAGCAGUUCUUGGGCAGACAGAAUGCAACUGCGUGGUGAUACGGAAGGACAGACCUAAUUCGCUAAAAUUGGAAUCGUGUGCAAUAUCUGAACACGUGUGGGUCGAACGACCACGUGGUCCGCAUGUAUCGAAAAGCAAGUGCCGCAUACUCCGGUGAGUGCAUUUAGAUAAACUGCGAUGUUACUUUUAUCUUCGCUACACCUGUAUGAAUAAUGACACGUCAGUUACCUACAUAAAAAAUCAUUAAAGGCAUUGUCAACUGUCUGAUACGCCGAUAAUUAGCUCUAAAAACGAUAACCUACGAGAAUGGUAUUUUCGAACAGAUAAUAGGCAAACGUAUCUAGAUUUUUUUUUAAUCAAAAGCUCAAUAUUCAGGGAAGCUAAAUGCACUUAUUAAAAUAUGUACUACUACAUAUCUCUGUACUAGAUAACAAAAACAUGUGAUAUAGUCUUAUCAAUUUAUAAAAGUAUUUUGUAAGUAAAUUAACUGGAUAAAUGUACUAUUGAUGCAGAGAUAAGGGCACAAAGACUGAUAGAAUAAGAAUAUAUAAGUAACAGUUUAUACUGGUCACCUUAAAAGAAUAUAGAAAGUAAUGGCUGAAGAAGAACCGCAAGAAAAGAAAUUUAAACAUUCUGUCAUCUCUGAUUUUAUACUAUCAGCAGAGUUUCAACAAAUAUUUCGUGAACACUGGCACAAUUUUACUGAUAUAAAGACAGAUGAUCUUGAAAUUAUAUCGAAACCAUUUAGAGUGUGUAGAAUUUCAAAUUUUAUCAGUAGCGAAGAAGUAAUGGAAGAAAUAAAAAAUGAUUUACUCGAUAUUAGAACUAGACGAAAUUCCAUAGAUCUUUAUCAGUUCGAACAGACCGAUGAUUUCGCCAGCUUUGACGCAGAAAAUAUAAAGCUACUGUAUGAUGCCUUUCAAACGGAUUUUGCAACAUGGUUAGAGGAAAAUACCAAAAUAGAGUUAAACAAAAUGAUAGACAUGUCAAGCUCUUCCUACUAUGAUACAGAUUUUUUACUUUGUCACGAUGACAACCUGGGUGACCGUAGAAUUGCUUACGUAUUGUAUAUUUCGAAGCAGUGGACUGAAGAAGAUGGAGGUACGUUAGAUUUGUUCGACACAGAUGAAGAUGGUCUGCCAAGAGAUGUUGUAAAGUCAUUGGUACCGGAGUACAAUUCCAUUGUAUUCUUCGAAGUUGUGGACAAUUCUUACCAUCAGGUAGCCGAAAUUAUUUCGCCCGAUAAAUCACGCUGGUCCAUUAAUGGUUGGUUUCAUGGACCAAAACAAAGCACCAAGCAACCAAGACCAGAGAUGGAACCUGACUGCAUCCCAUCACUAGAUCAAACGGUAAACUUGGACGAGUGGGUGACAGAAUGCUACUUAUUUAGCAAGGUAAAAGAGGAUAUCCAUAUGGAUAUGGAGAAAGACUCAUACACGCACUUAUCCAGUUUUUUGAAAGAUGAAAUUUACGAGAAGCUUGCGACAGAUUUGAUGUCAGAGACAAUCGUUUGGAAAAAGGUAGGACCAGCGGAUAUUCGUAAGUACGAAGUGGCGGACGAAGAUACAUUGCCGGACUUACUGAAGCAGUUAUGCACUAUGUUCAAAUCAAUUACGAUGUUUAAAUUAUUAAAAGAAUACACGGAGUUGGAUUUGGUAGCGGAGAAAGAAAAUAUGAAUCCGAGGAUGUUUUUGGAACUUCAGAGGUGGUCGGGCGGUUGCUAUACUUUGAUACACGACAAACCGAUUUUGAGUGAUUACAACGAAGACCCGAAAUCUCUUGCUAGCGAAAGUGAUGAAAGUGAAGCGCUCGAUGAAACGGAAGGAGAUGGGUUACAAUUAUUGAACAAGAGUACCAGGGAAGAUCAGGAAAAAUCGAAUAGCAAUAACAGAAGUUCAUCAUCAGAUUGCGGCACGCCAGUAAGCAUUAGAGACGAAACAGACGACAUCGAGGAUGAGAUAAUGAGGAAAAUACUGAAGUCGAAAUCUCCUCGUACGAGGAGGAAGUAUUUAGUGCAUCAUGCAGCUAUGUUAAAAAUGGGCGAUCGUUCACCACGGAAGCCUAGAAUUCUAGAUACGGAUGAAUCUGACGUGUCUGAUAUUGGAGAUUAUUUAUCUGAUCCUUUGGAGUGUUCGUUGGAACGUUCCGAUGAGGAAGAAGUCGUAAAACCGGAAGAAGUUGUACCAACUAAAACACAACCUACGGGAUCUCUUGACCUAAUACUUCAAUUUCACGCGAACAAUGCACCUCAAGAUGAAAGUACUAUAUGUUACUUGGACCCUAUGACAAGCGACGCCACACUGAUGAACAUACCACCAAAAGACAACCAUCUUUCUAUCGUUUACAAGGUCGGUAACACCUGCCGUAUUCACAGAUACGUGAAUCAUUAUCAUCCAGAUUAUUUUUAUAAUCUGAUUUGUACAUACUAUGAAUAAUAAUUAACCAUAGCGCUCGUGUCGCUUCGCAAGUCCCGUGAACGAGCUGACGAUUGUAUAAUGAAUUGCGAACAAAGAUUUCUCGCUCUUGACAUGUAUCAUAGUAUUCGUAUUAAUAAAAUUAUCAGUAUUUAUCGUCGAGCAAUAA